UGCUCUAAAGACCCACUCAUUGCUCAACUUCCCACAAAGAGGAGUAUCAAUUUCUUUCCCUCUCUCACUCCUCAUCUCUCUUUCCCCUUUGAUCUGAAGAGCAGAGCAGUAGUUCUGCAAUAAAGCCACUAAUAAAUAUUGCCCAUGGAUCCUUCAUCCAAUAAGCAGGAGAACAAGGCUGGCACCAGCCUCUCCACACAAGCAGAAGGGGAUAAGAGAAGGGAAAGUUCGACCUCGGCAAAACCAGACAUCACACCAGUGAACAACCUCUUGGCAAUGAAGGAACAAUGCAAGAAAGAGUGCUUGAGAUACAUACCACUUGUCAAGGCCGUACUGAGUGGGGAUUGGGAGAGCGCCAAAAGAUUCUUUGACCAAGACCCAACAGCAGUCACGGCCAGGAUCACCGAGAUGAUGGAGACAGCCCUCCACAUAUUAGUUGGCACAGGGAAAUAUAUCCAUUUUGUGGAGAAUUUGGUGGGGCUGAUUCCCGCGGAGGCACUGCCUGCGCUGACUGAUGACGGCGGCCGGACGGCGCUUCACAUCGCCGCAUGGGUUGGGAACACCGAGGCAGCGCGGGUGUUGGUGCAGCAACACCCGCGUCUGCUCUAUGUUCGCGACAAUACAAACUGGUUGCCAAUCCACCGUGCCGCUAUAAAUGCUCGGAGGGACACCCUUUCAUAUUUGCUGACCGUCACGGAGAACGAUCCAGUUUCUUUGCCCUUCUCCAACGUAUCUGGUGCUCAGUUCAUCAUAGCUGUGAUAACAUCCAAUUUAUAUGAUAUUGCUUUGAAUGUGGUUGAUCGCUAUCCGCAUUUAGCUACAUUACGAACUCCAAACAAGAAUUGUGCUUUGGCACGGAUAGCUACCAAGGUGUCCUCAUUCCCAAGUGGGAGUCACUUAAACUUUUGGCAACGCAUAAUCUAUUCUUGUGUUCCUGUGAAGGUGGACAAUCCAGUUAACAUCUCUCAAGUGACUCAUGUGCACAAGGACAAUUGGGCUCAAUCUUUUGGUGAAAACUUUUUUUCGGUACUAGUGCCUCAGAUCAAACACAUCCGAGAGCAAAAGGUGACUCAUCUUCAAGCACUUCAACUUGUCAAAUCCUUGUGUGAAAAAAUUAGUGCAUCUUUGAACGAUAGAGACGCUUACCUUGAAAUUGCCCGGGACAGUAUUGUCAUAGCCUCAAAUACAGGGAUUCGUGAGGUUAUAGAAGAGAUUGCCGAAUGGUUUCCUAAUUUAAUUUGGGCAAGAGACCUUGCAGAUCGUAACUUCUUUAGACGAGGGAUUAUACACCGUCAUGAAAAUAUUUUCAACCUCACGUAUCAGAUGAGUGACCAAAAACGUAUCGCCACCAAUUUCCUGGAGCAAUCUUGGGACACUAUGCUGCACUUGGCUGGACGGCUCGCGCCUCGAAACAAACUAAAUCUUGUUCCUGGUGCAGCUCUGCAGAUGCAACGUGAGUUACAAUGGUUUAAGGAAGUGAAGAAGUUUGUAAACCCGAUGUACAUAGAUUUUGAAAACAAAAAGGGAGAAACUGCUGCAGUGGUGUUUACUAAAGAACACAAGGACUUGGUUGUUGAAGGAGAGAAAUGGAUGAAAGACACUGCAAACUCAUGUACAAUCGUGGCGGCGCUCAUUGCCACCAUGGUAUUUGCAGCCGCAAUCACUGUUCCAGGCGGCAACAACAGUGAAAAAGGCACCCCCAUUUUCUCCAAGCGAAAGGUGUUCAUCAUCUUUGCCGUCUCGGAUGCUAUCUCUCUCUUCACCUCUACUACUUCCCUGUUGAUGUUCUUGUCCAUCCUUACCUCGCGAUAUGCAGAACAAGACUUCCUCUAUGCCCUGCCAAAGAGAUUGAUAAUUGGUCUGUUUACCCUGUUCCUCUCCAUAACAACCAUGAUGGUCGCAUUUAGUACCACACUCUAUCUUGUGUUUGGACACAAUAAAGAGUGGAUACUAAUUCCAGUGGCUGCAUUAUCAUGUCUACCAAUUACUUCUUUUGUAACCUUGCAAUUCCCCCUUCUUCAAGAUCUCAUCUCUUCUACCUAUGGCCGGGGCAUUUUCGGCAAGCAAAGUGAUCGGCUACUUUAUUAGCAUGAUCAACAAGGUGAAGAAGAAUUCCAAGCAUGUACUAUCAUCUUGUUUUCCCAUAACCAUUAUGGUUGUUAUGGAGAGGUGUUUGUGAUGGCAAUUUGGUGGCAAUUGUGUAGUUGGAAUUCUGAGGUUUCUUCACCAAAAUUUCGUUAUCGUUUUACUAUCUUAGAAAAUCCUAGACAUUGUUCCGUGGCGGGGUUUUUGCUUGUUUCACUAUACUAUGAAGGAUUAAUUAAUGCAGUGGUGUUUG